AGUAGGCGAAGAAUGUGUUGAAAAGAAGAAAAGAGUUGUUAUCCACAACACAAGACAACGUCAUCAACACAAGGCGCAGGGUGUCUCUCUCAUGGCAACCUCAUUCUCUCCGACAACCUCUGUCCGCACCAUCUUCCAAAACCCUCCCAAACCCCUUCUCUCCCUCGCCCAAUCCUCUUCCUCUUAUGCCCUCAAACGCUCUUUCGCUUCUUCUGCAACCUAUGCAACUCAGAAGCUCUCUCAUGCUUUCGCACUUUCUCCAAAACCCUUUUUUUCCAAAGGUAGGAGAGUAUCACUUGUGAGGGCUGCUACCAUUGAAGAGAUAGAAGCGGAAAAGGCCGCAAUUGAGAAAGAUGCUAAAAACAGAAUGGAAAGGACUAUUGAUAAUGUACGGACGAAUUUCAGUUCCAUAAGGACAGGAAGAGCAAACCCGGCCAUGCUUGACAAGAUUGAGGUGGAAUACUAUGGGACUCCGGUUAGCUUGAAGAGCAUUGCUCAAAUUAGCACUCCUGAUGCCAGUUCUCUUUUGGUACAGCCAUAUGACAAAUCAAGCUUGAAGGCUAUAGAGAAAGCCAUAGUUAGCUCUGAUCUUGGUAUGACUCCAAAUAAUGAUGGAGAAUUGAUACGAUUGAGCAUCCCGCAGUUGACAUCUGAUAGGAGGAAGGAACUAUCGAAGAUAGUGGCUAAACAAGCUGAAGAAGGGAAGGUGGCUUUGAGGAAUAUAAGAAGAGAUGCAUUGAAAGCUUAUGAUAAACUUGAGAAGGAGAAAAAGCUCUCAGAAGAUAAUGUGAAGGAUUUGUCAAGUGAUUUGCAGAAGCUGACAGAUGAGUAUAUGAAGAAAGUCGAUACCAUCUUCAAACAGAAAGAAAAGGAGUUGCUGACAGUUUGAUGCUUUGAUCCAAAAAGUAAAUGUUGAGUUCUAUCUAAAGAAGGUCAAAUUUUGUGUCUACUUUGCUUUGUGUUUGGAUAGUUAAUGCAUAUGUUUAUUUGUUAUACAGAAUACAGACUUUUGAAUUAAAUGGGUGUUUUUCCAAAUUGAAAGGUGAGUUCAUGCCUAUAAAUUGGAUUUAUUUACAUAAUUCAUCGUUGAAAUUAGACUAUUAUGAAUCAUUCUUGUCGAACUCUCGAGUCUACUUGUAGAUUCGUACAAGUUUACUUUUAUAGGUAUAGAAAUUUAGUUAACUUAUUUAUGGAUAAACUUAGGUGAACAGAGGGUAUAUCUGGGCACAUACGGCUUGUAAGUUGUAACAUUUGAUAACACAGCAGACAUCCUUUUACCUUGGUUUUGGAGCAAAAUCAAAUAAUAA